AGCAGACAUAAGUCUGUGGACAUAAGUCAAUGUGAAUGUGAAAGUCAACUCUUCCAAAUCACACCAUAUUUCCAAUUUUUGUUCGAAUUUUUAGGCAAAUAUAUUAUUUUUCUAAAAUACACAUUUGCAGGAACAAAUUUAGCCAACAAACAUGGCAAGGAAAUCCCAUUUUCUGUUUAAAACCCAACACCAAGCAGUAGAGCUAGAGGCCAGUCAAUUUAUUUACGAAAACACUGACGAUGUUAAUGCAGUUUCUGAUAUAGAAUUGCCUGAAUUUUCAAGUCAGCCCGUUUUGAUUAAUCCCACUCCCAUGCCAGCCGAAGAUGUUCAUUAUUGUCUGACUGCAAAAGAUUCUAUUGAUCCUAGUUAUACCCGGUUAACUUUACCUUAUACAGUGAUCUGUAGGCAGAGAUACAGAAAAGCUUGUGCCAAGCAAAAAGCUCAAUUUGCAGAAGAAAUUAAGAUGCAUGCGAUGUUUAGAGCCAGAGCGCUAGAUGGUGUUAGAAUUCACAGGGAGUUCUGUAACGCUAUUAUAUCGCAAAUUCAUCCUUCAGAGAAGAUAACUUUAACCAAGAAGCAAGAAAAAAGGGUUAGACAAUUGUUAACCGAACCCUAAAAAAAAUGUAUAUGCAAAUCAAAUAUAACACGGUUCUUCAGAAAU